GUAAAUCUCUGUCUGUCUGUCUUAUCAAACCCUGAGCAAUAUGAUAUUUAAUCAAUUACAAAUUACACAAACCUCCCCUUGACUAAAAAUAAAUAAAUACUAAACCCUCCCCCUGAGUGAAAUUGAAAAAGCAUGACCCUCCCCCAUUUUCUUCCAGGUAACAAUUGUGUACAUUUCCACUGCUUCCUAAUGUAAAUCUCUGUCUGUCUGUCUUAUCAAACCCUGAGCAAUAUGAUAUUUAAUCAAUUACAAAUUACACAAACCUCCCCUUGACUAAAAAUAAAUAAAUACUAAACCCUCCCCCUGAGUGAAAUUGAAAAAGCAUGACCCUCCCCCAUUUUCUUCCAGGUAACAAUUGUGUACAUUUCCACUGCUUCCUAAUGUAAAUCUCUCUGUCUCUCUCCAGUCUCCAAAUAUUGAUGGUUUAACACAGAAUACAUGGUAUACUACAUCUAAAACACAAUCAGUGUAUAUUUGUAACCGGUUGGGUACACCAUUCACUGACGGGGAGACGCGCGCAACGCUACGGGUAGAUGGCUAGAUGCUCACGAACAUCAUAAGUGGUCGUGUGUGUGAGGCAGAGAGAGUGAGAGACAGACAGACAUCAAGUGAUAGACAUCAAGAGACAAUUUGGAAUCAAUAAAAACAAAAGAAACAUAGAUUCAUCAACAAAGACUUUGGCAAACUACGUUCAUGUUUUGCAUUCUAAGAGCGUGACUCGACCAAGAACCCUUCGUGGACUGCAAUUGAACAGUGAGAAGGCACAGAUUAUACACAUUGGAACAAUAAUAACGCUUUGCGAGAAGAAGCUGGUCAUUGUCGUUGAUUGGAUUGUGGUCAGUCAAUUUGUAUAAUAGAAACAGUUACCAUGGAAACUAUUAUGUUCUUCCUCUUUUCACUCCUGGUGUAUGUGGCUGCAGUAGCAGACCCAAGUGCAGAGGAUGGUAAAAAGGAGAAGAAAGAGGUGGACCCAUUUGUCUAUGACUAUCAUAGCCUGCGGAUCUGUGGACUGGUCUUUGGCGUGGUACUCUUCGCGCUGGGCAUCCUCCUCAUCCUCAGUAAGUCUUCAUACUUCAGCAGAAAAUGUCGCUGCAGUUCCAAUCAGGAGAAGAAGCCCAAGGCCCCUGGAGACGAAGAGGCUACGGCAGAGACUCUGAUCGUGUCCAAGGCUAAGGAGCCAGAGCCAGAGCCAGAGCCUGAAGCUAAGGCUGAGAACUGAGUCAGCCCAACCAGACUGACCCCCACCUGACCGAAUCAACCACAUCUGCCACUGAACCACUACCUAACGACCAACACAACAACCAUGACGAUGAUGACGACGGCAACAAAGGUGAUGAUGCUGGGGAAAAAUAAUGAACGAAGAUGAUAAUGAAGAAUGAAGAUGAUGCAAAAGGAAUACUGUGCGACCACUGGGUAGAGGAUAGGAGUGUGUAGAUGGGGGUGGGGGGGGGGGGAAAUAAUGCAGAUGUAAAUAGACCUCUAACCUAUUGUUCCGUGCUCUGUGCCCGUGUAUGUGUCUCAGUGAUCUCGUGUGUACCUGUGCCUUUCUGCGACACUCUGUCUCCAGUUUGUUGUCUUAGCCAGUGACACCUUUUUACAGAUCGUCUUUACCCCAGUUCUUAAUAAGUAAGAGAUUUGUCAAGAAAUGUUCUUCUUGUUUGUGUUUAGCUUAAAUUCUGUGUUUCUAUCGUCUUUAGAUUCUAGAGGUUACUGUUUGCUAUAUUUUUGUUGUUGCUGUCAUCACCAUCACACUUGUAACACUUGUCCUCAAUGCUGUUUUUCACGUAGUAGAUUCUAUACUAUGUAUACAUGCAUAUAUAUUAGUAUAAAUAGUCUAUACACCAUUAUAGCUAUAUAUAUUGAAAUAUAUGUGUGCCUGUGUGGGUACAUGAGUUUGGGUGGUGUGUGUGUGUGUAUGUGUAUGUGUGUGUGUCUGAGAGGUUGUGUGUUUUUGACUGUGUUGCGCCUUACACACGAGAAUCCAACUGCCACAGUUUGCUGACCAAGCACAAGAAUGCAUCAGAGUUAACUAGGAGCUCACCAACAGUACUUACUGUAGUAAAGUGAGCUCCUACAUCAGCUGUAUCACUGCCUUGUCCUAGAAGAAAAAAAAACGUCCAAUCUAGUCUCCUCCUCUGCCAUUGGCUGAGCCGGGGCGAUUACCGCCCUCAGAGGCAGGCUAGGAUUGGCCGGUUCCCACACCAGUGCCGCAAAUCUGUGUCCUCUAUCGUUUAUUUGAGAAGCAACAGUAGCUGAUUGCAAAAUCAGUCUCUCAACCAAUGGCGUUUCGCUGUUUUGUAUUGUAUGAUUGGUUAUGCAUUUAGUUAAUGAGAGAGCGGGCCUGUGUGUGAGUGAUCGAGAGUGUGUGUCGAUGCUAAGUGUGCCAGAGUCAUAGUUUUAGACGCCAAAUUAGGUGGAAGAAAACAAAAAGGAAAAUAUUAUUUGCUCUGUAUCAGAUGUCAGGUAAAGCUUGUUACGCAGUACGAUAUAUGGAGUCUUAUGCGGAGUAUCAUUGUUACAACAACAAACAAACAAAAAACACUGUCACGACAAUAAGUAACUAACUCUGUUCGUUCUGUGCAUGAGAUUGUAUUGUAAUAGCUGCAUUUGUGCUUGUAGCAUAGAAAUAAAGUGUCUCUCACCAAUAA